CGCGUGAUUUCAUCGCACCUGCGAGACAGUUUUGGAGGGGUUUGUGUAUUUGUCGAAGUCUGUGGGUUCUUGGUUCGAAUCCCGAGAAUUUCAACACAAAAGAGCAGGGAACAUGUUCCUAUAGAAGCAUCACAAUGGUUCGGAGGACCCCAAGAUCAGGGAAAAUUAAAAAGGACACAUCAGCAGAAAUAAAUGAUGACUCUUUUGAAAAAAAUAAAAAGGGGAAAGAAAGACCCUCUAAAGUAGUGGACCAAAGCCAAGACGAAGUGCUGAAGUUUCCAUAUCACCAAUUAAAAUUCCUGCAGCUGAAAAAGAUAAAGAGGUUGAGAGUGACCCUCCAGAUGAAGAGGCGGCUGAUUCGCCUCGAAGAGAUGGUGGUCCUUCAAAAGAGGACCUUCUUUCGUCUCUCGCUCUCUCAGACAAGAAAAAGCUGAAAGCGAAAGAGGCGGAAGAAAAUCAAGUCCCCAAAAUACGUUCUUCCAAGAGAACGCGUGUGCCCAAUGUCAGACUGGAAGACCAAGAAAGUGUUGAUUCGAAUACGAAGAAAAGAAAUGUUAAAGAUGGAAGCAGCACAGUUGGAAAAGACAAGAGUAAUCCUAGUGUUAAAAAAGCUGAAGUAUCCGACAGACAGAAACCUGCAUAUAUUUGUGACUUUGAUGAUGGUGUGGGUGAAGAAUCAGUGAAGGAUAAAUCUGAGAAACAUCAAUCAAGAGAUGGAUCCCCGAAUGAUAAGAACACUCAUGACAGUGAGGAUGUGACAUCACAAUUAAAGAAAGGGAAAGACUCUAAAACUGCAUCAAAAACAAAGGGACAUAACUCUGUUGAGGUGAAGGAUAACAGUGUAAGUGAUUCAAAUACUUUGAAUACAUCAAGAGGAAAAUUAAAAGGAAAUGUUGACACAGACAAGGAAGAAGAAUUAUUGGAUGAAUCAUUUGACGCAACAACGUUGCCCACAUCAACUCCAUUACCCAGUCGAGGUAGAGGUCGAUCCCGGGGCCGAGGUCAGCCCAGGGGCAGUAGAGGAAGAGGUAGACAUGCUUCACAGCAAGAGAGAAGUGAUGAUAAAAAUAAUUCCUCUCGACAUAACAACUCACUAGAAGAGGACAGUAGUAUACCCUUAAGAACAAGCUCAAGGAGAAGAAAAGCCAAGAAAUAUAGUGAUGACAUUGACUUAGGCUCGGACAAUGAAGAUGACAGUGAUUGUAGUGAUGAUAGUAAGACAAAGGAAACUACAAGAAGAACAGUAAGUGUAAGUGAUGAGGAGAGUAUGAUGAACGAUUCCACCCAGGGACGUAAAGCUAAGGGCAGAGGGAAGAAACAAAGUUUAGAAGAAUCUUCUGAAGUAGAAAAUGCCCCUGUAGCAAAAAGAGGCCGACCAAAGAGAAGUUUGGAAGAAUCUUCUGAAGUCGAGUAUGCCCCUGUAGCUAAAAGAGGCCGACCAAAGCGAAGUUUGGAUAAAUCUUCAGAAGUGGACUAUACCCCUGUAGCUAAAAGAGGCCGACCAAAGCGAAGUUUGGAUGAAUCAUCUGACGUGGAAUAUACUCCUGUGGCUAAAAGAGGCCGACCAAAGCGAAGUUUGGAUAAAUCUUCUGAAGUCGAGUAUACCCCUGCAGCUAAAAGAGGCAGACCAAAGCGAAGUUUGGAUGAAUCAUCUGAUGUGGAAUAUACUGCUGUGGCUAAAAGAGGCCGACCGAAGCGAAGUUUGGAUGAAUCUUCGGAAGUGGAAUGUACCCCAGUGGCUAAAAAAGGGCGACCAAGAAAAACUCCUGUCGUUCGAAUGAAGUCUCCUGAAAUUGCGGCAUCAACUAUGUGCAUGAGAUGUGACAAGGAUCUGACAACUCUGGCCGGACUCAAGUUCCACCUCAUGACAGUACACCAAGCACUGUGGGCCAAGGAUUGUCCUGAAGGAAUGACGGAUACAGCUGCUCUGAAGAGGAUCAUGAAGGCCCAGGGCAAGCUGGUGUGUCAGCAGUGUAAGAAGGAGCUGAGAUACUACCACUACUACGUCCAUCACAUCAAGUGGUGUGGCAGAGAGGAGGAGCGCACGGUAUGUGAGGUGUGUGGGCGGUCCCAGAAGUCCAUGUGGUACCACGCCCACCUGGUGUAUCACAAGAAGAGGGACAACGAUGAGGAGAAAUUCAAGCAGCUAGAACAGCAGGAAAAAGAAGAGAUUGGAGACGAGGAUCUCAACAAGAUGGGAAAGACGAAACGUAAAUCAGCCAAAAAAGCCAUGCAGACUCUUGCUGAGAUCGGAGCAGAUGAGAAUAAGACAUCGCGGUUUGGUAGGAGGAAAGGAGACUCAGAAGAUGACUACAGUGGAACAGACGACAGUGAUGUUGACCGAGAUUUUCAAGGCAGCAGUGAUGAGAUGAUGAUGGUGAUCAUGAAAUUGAAGAUGUUGAAGGUCUUAAUGUAAAAGAUAAAGUGAAACUGAAGAAAUUCCACAGAGACUUUACAGCCUCAAAACCCUACUUCACCGAUCACCCAGACUUCUUCCCUGAAAUACUGGCAG